UUUAGAUACUGUCAUUCGUUCAUAGACUGCUGCGCGAUAAAUUGCACACUUGUCAACAGGCUAAAAGACCUUUUAUAGGCUAAAAGACGGAUAGAGUUAAGCAUAAUAUUUAAAUAUCACUUUCUAGAAGAUCGAUAAAAUUAUUAUAACGUUAAAUUUCAGUGGUACAUUUCCGGUGUUUCUGCGAAAUAUUAAUCUGAGAUCGGACACGAAGAAAAGAUGUCGAAAAGAUGUCCAAAUGCCACAAGUUCAUAAAUUUUAAUAAUUGCAAUUUUAGAUAUUAGGAUUCCGAAUUAUCGAUUUCGGAUAUGAAUUCCUACGAAAAAGAAAUUCGCGUCGGAAAGUAUUAAAGUCAAGAAUACAUAUGUGAAUAUUUUGGAUUUUGUGCUAAUCAGUUUCAGUGCAUUUUAAAUACGUUUCAUGUUAUAUUAAAGGAGAGAAAAAUAUACGAAAGAUAAUCACUAAAAUGGCGAUUACCACGAGUUAUUCGGUCAUGAAUGGCGUAAUUGUUCUGCUGGUAACAAUCAUGGUAUCCGCGUAUCUUUUUAUGACUCGCAAGUUCAACUAUUGGAAAAACCGAGGUGUUUUCGAGGUAAAACCGUUGCCAUUUUUCGGUAACAUCAUGGACAUGGUGUUCCUGAAACAAUCUGGUGGCUUUCUUAUGAGGGACUUGUACAACAGAGCAAAAACAGAAUCUUACAUAGGUUUUUAUAUGUUCGACAAGCCUUGCUUGUUGAUACGAGAUCGGCGAAUAAUCCAAGACAUACUAAUAAAGGACUUUAAUUAUUUCUGCAAUCAUUACUGUAAUUCUGAUCCAAAGGAUAGUCUGGGUUGCUCUAAUCUACUAUUAAUGAGAAAUCCAACAUGGAAAAUUGUAAGAACCAAGUUAACGCCGAUCUUCUCGUCCGGCAAACUCAAGAAAAUGUUUGAAUUGUUGAUGGAGUGCACUAUCAAUCUAGACAGGUACUGCGAUUCUUUAGGACUAAAUGAUAAGGAAAAAGCAGUAAAUGUGAAGGAUUUAAUCGGAAAUUUAACUACGGACAUGAUUGGUAGUACCGCUUAUGGACUCAACAUUGAUUCGAUAAACAAUCCACAGUGUGCAUUCCGCAAAAGCGGAAAGGCGAUAUUUCACCUUGAUAUUUAUCGCUCAAUUGAAUUGUUCAUAAUUUUCUAUUAUCCGAGUUUAUCUCGUCUGUUCGGUACACGAUUUUUCAGUGAGAAAAGCAAUACUUUUUUGCGCAAAACCUUCUGGAAUACGAUCAACCGUCGUAUGGAGUCCGGUGAAAAACGGGGCGACCUCAUCGAUAUUCUUAUCGACUUUAAGAGAGAAUACGCCAAUCGAAAUUUGGAGAACUUUGAAUUGGAUGGAGACGGCUUAGUGGCGCAGGCGUCUAUUUUCUUCUCUGCCGGUUUCGAGACCAGUUCAUCGACGGUAUCCUUCACAUUAUACGAGAUCGCGGUGCAACCAAAAAUCCAAGACAAACUCAGGAAAGAAAUUUUCGAUGCAUUCAAGGAGAACGAUGGAAAAAUCACAUACGAAAUGGUUCUGUCACUGAAGUAUCUUCAUAUGGUGAUUUCCGAAACCCUGAGGAAGUAUCCAACAUUGACAAUCCUUGAUCGCGAGACGGUACAGAGUUACAAAAUUACUGACACCGACCUGGUUAUUGAAAAGGGUACCCCGAUUUUCAUCUCGUUGCUUGGCUUGCACUAUGAUCCGGAAUACUUUCCCGAUCCCGAGAAAUACGAUCCAGAACGAUUCAACGAAGAGAACAUUCACAAAAUAGCGAAAGGCACUUAUAUGCCAUUUGGAACUGGUCCUCGCAAAUGUAUAGGUUAUCGUUUAGGGUUUUUGCAGACGAAACUGUCGCUCGUCAAGAUAUUGAGCCAGUAUGAAGUGACAUCAUGUGAGAAGACUAUGAUACCGAUGGUCAUAGAUACAAAAAGUAUCGUGACGACGCCGGUGAGCGGUGAAAUAUGGCUCAACUUACGAAAGAUUAUAAUUAUUAAAAUGGCGAUAAUCACGAGUUACUGGAUUAUGAACAGCAUAAUGAUUGCAAUAAUAACAACCGUGGUAGCCGCCUACCUUUUCAUGACUCGCAAAUUCAAUUACUGGAAGAAACGAGGCGUUUUCGAGAUUAAACCAUCACCAUUUAUGGGUAACUUUGCGGAUUGCAUCAUGCAAAAAAGAAGCCCUGGCUUUAUCAUGAAAAAUCUUUACAAUCAAGCGAACAACCAGCCUUACGUAGGCUUUUAUAUAUUUGAUAAGCCUUGCUUAUUGAUACGCGACCCAGAAAUAUUGAAAAACAUAUUGGUAAAGGAUUUUAAUUAUUUCUCCAAUCGCUACUCUUCGACCAGCAAACAGGAUAGCCUCGGAUCCUCCAGCAUUCUCCUUCUAAAAAAUCCUGCCUGGAAAAUGGUAAGGAAUAAGCUAACGCCAAUUUUCACAUCUGGUAAGCUGAAGAAAAUGUUCGAAGUGUUGAUGAAAACAGUUGCGAAUCUAGAUUCGUAUCUUAAUAAGAUGGAACUAGACGGUAAGGGUAAAGUGAUGGAUUUAAAGGAUUUGUGUGGCAAUUUAACGACGGACAUGACCGGCAACAACAUUUAUGGACUCGAUAUUGAUUCGAUAAAUAAUCCGAAGUGUGAAUUCCGUGAAAAGGGGAAGGCGAUAUUCGAAUUGUCUACCUUUCGUGGACUCGAAUUUCUUAUGAUAUUUUUCUAUCCUGCUAUGUCACGUUAUAUCAAUCUAAAUCUAUUCGGGAAGGAAAGCAGUGUCUUUUUACGCAAAAUUUUCUGGGAUACUAUCAACCAUCGCAUAAAGUCCGGUCAGAACCGAGGCGACUUGAUUGAUAUUCUUAUCGACUUCAGGAAAAAAUACAACAAUCAAGAUUUGGAGGAUUUCAAUGUCAACGGGGACGAUUUAGUGGCACAGGCGGCCAUUUUCUUCACUGGCGGUUUCGAAACUAGCUCGUCAGCGAUGUCUUUUUCACUAUAUGAACUCGCGAUGCAACCUAAACUUCAAGACAAACUUAGGAAAGAAAUUAACGACGCCAUCGACGAGAACGGGGGGAAACUUACAUAUGAUAUGGUUCUGUCAUUGCCGUAUCUCGAUAUGGUGAUCUUCGAAACUUUGAGAAUGUACCCGAUAUUGACGGUACUAGAUCGCGAAACAGUGGAGCCUUAUAAAAUGCCAAACUCCGAUUUGAUUCUUGAAAAGGAUACACCAGUUUUUAUCUCAGUACUCGGCAUGAGCUACGAUCCACAGUACUUUCCCAAUCCCGAUAAAUACGAUCCAGAACGAUUCAGCGAAGAGAAUAUACACAAAAUACGGCCGUACGUGUAUCUGCCAUUUGGAGAAGGUCCUCGUAAGUGUAUAGGCUCCCGCCUGGGGCUUUUGCAGACGAAACUGGGAAUCAUACAAAUAUUGAGUAAAUAUGAAGUAACGCCUUGUAAAGACACUCCCACAGUAAUGGUAAUAGAUCCAAAAAGUCAAAUGAGUAUGCCGUUAAACGGCAAAAUAUAUCUCAAUGUACGGAAGCUUAACACAAAUGUCAAGUAAAAUCUGAUAACAUGUAUUUAAUCCCAGUGGUUUUUCCAACCAUAAAAUAUGUACAGCUCG